AUGUUUGUCAGUUACACUCAUCCUGCCCAACUGAGGGACCCGGACAAGCAACAGCAGGUUUCGUCCUUUGCAGCACGUCGACAACAAACGAAGACGCGCAAGAAAAAGCCCGAGGGCAAGACGCGGGCUUCCACAACCCGCUCAUUCGAGCCACUCGUCUGGCGUGCUCUCAGUUAUACGCAACGGCGCAAGCCCAGAUUUGAACAUAAAAGACCACAAACACGCACGGAUCCGCAGGCGGACGCCGGCGACCUGGUUGCUCCAUUAUUCAACAAUCUGGGGGGAGUGCGUGAGGAUCCCUUCGGAUCGUACCCCAUCGAAGCCACCUAUUUGGUGAAGUGGGCUGUCGAUCAAUAUGUACAAGAUGUUGCGGUCAAAAGCAGAGAACUCUUCACUGAAGCAAAUGGAGACAACUGGUUGAUGACAUAUCGAUUUGCCGUCUCUCUCCAAUCUGAACUCCUCUUUGAAUGCCUUGUAUUAUAUACUCUCUGUCAAUUACCCCCUUCCUACAAGCCAUUUCCUGGACUGCGCCGGAUUCGUCUUCAGUAUCGAGCAAGCAUUUUGACGAAACUACGCCAAAGGAUAUCCGAUCCUCGGCUGUGCGCCGAUGACGUUACUUUGCAUGCUAUCACCACUUUGCUCGGUUCGGAUUUUCAUAUGGCUGAGGAUGAUUACGUGGAGAUGCAUCGAGCUGGCCUAAGGCAAGUCAUUGCCAUGCGUGGUGGAUUGGAGACAGGCAAUUUCGAUACAAUGACGAAGUUUACGGUAACGUCAACCGAGUUUCUGUGUGAUAUGGCCAUAAAAAGACGACAGACAACCAAACUAAAGCCCAUCACUCCGGAAUUGGUUCUGCAAUAUCCCAAACAAUCUUUUCCUCGCGAGCUUUCUAACCUGACGGAUAAUCUGCCGGAUGGCUUUCGUGAACUGGCAGUUUCCUGCAAGAUUUCUAUCCAGACAAUUAAGCUCCUUCACCAAGUCGCUUUAAGGAUGACCGGAGAGCGUCCCGAAGCGCUCCCACACGUCUGGGGCCGGAGUGAGCAAUUCGAAUUGAUGCGCGUCGUGGCCACGGGAAGUGUACCAAAAUUGGAGCGACAAGUCUGCCUUCUGGUCCUCAUUUUCGAACGGUCCUGGCUUGUGACGACUCCCGACUCCGUGGCACCACGAAGAAUGUAUGGGCGAAUAGGUCAGGUAUUUCGAGACCGCUUGCGAGAAGUGACCCAGAAUAUGGCCGAGCUGGGGACGGACGUGGACAGCGACUUUAUGAUAUGGGCAACAAUGGUUAUUGUGACGGCCACGGAUGAAAGCAAGCUGAGUGAAGAAGAGAGAAAGGAGCUCAUGGCGCUAUUGUUUAUGCUAUGUCCGCAGACGAAGAGUUGGAAUACGACCAUGGGUUCUCUAAGGAAGUAUUACUGGAGCCAGGCCUUGAUGGCUCAGUGGCACUCGGAGUGGCUAGCAGCGACAUCUCGCAAUAUAUAG